UUGGUUGGUGGCUAUAAAAUGAACGGCGAGAGGCAUCUCCGGCAUUGUGGAGAACAAUGGGAUUCAAUGGUGUCAUUCAUGGCCAUCUUCCACAGCAAACCCAUCCUCCAUCCUAUGAAGGCGCCAUGGAAGCGCUUUCAUCUCUUAUUACUGUUCGGAAACGUGGGGAUGGAUCAAAGAGGGCUGAAAAAUUUGAUUUGAUGUUCAAGUAUCUGAAGGUAUUGGGUUUGGAGGAAAAGAUUGAUGGGCUUAAAAUAAUCCACGUUGCUGGAACUAAAGGAAAGGGAUCAACAUGCACAUUUUCUGAGGCUAUAUUGCGGCAUUGUGGUUUUCGAACUGGGCUUUUCACAUCCCCUCAUUUGAUUGAUGUCAGAGAAAGAUACCGUAUUAAUGGAUUGGAUAUUUCUAAGGACAACUUUCUGCUCUACUUUUGGGAUUGUUGGCACCAAUUGAAGGAAAAAACUACUGAUGGCCUACCAAUGCCCGUGCUAUUUCAAUUCUUGACUCUAUUAGCCUUUAAGAUAUUCUUAUCUGAAAAGGUUGAUGUUGCUAUUCUUGAAGUUGGCCUUGGUGGUGGAUUGGAUGCGACAAAUGUGGUUAGGGAGACCAGUUGUUUGCGGCAUAACGUCACUAGGGAUGGAUCAUACGGAAAUAUUAGGAUCACAAUUCAACUGGCAUGGUCUAUUAUUGAUCAAAUUCUAAGCCCAUAUUGUGAAGCAUGCUUAAGAGAUACCCUUGGAAAAAUUGCAUCCGAAAAGGCUGGAAUUAUUAAGUCUGGUGUGCCUGCGUAUACAGUUCCUCAACUUUCAGAGGCGAUGUCUGUUCUGCAGGAUAGAGCUGCAACACUGAUGGUUCAUCUUGACAUAGCUUUACCACUUCAACAAAAAAUGUUGAGGGGGUUGAAGCUUGGAUUAGAUGGCCUUCACCAGUUCACGAAUGCCAGCCUUGCUGUUGCUCUGUGUAGAUGUUGGCUUGAACAGACUAAGCAUCAUACCUUUUUUUUAGAUAAUAAUUUGGAUGCGGGUCUGCCAGAACCAUUUCUGCAAGGUCUUUGUGCUGCUCGCCUUCAAGGGCGAGCUCAAAUUGUUCAUGAUAUACCAGAAAAAUCACUUCAAAUGCCGAAUAUUGAUGAAUGCUCUAGCAAUUUAGUAUUCUACUUAGAUGGUGCGCAUAGCCCUGAGAGUAUGGAGAUUUGUGCAAACUGGUUCUCGGAUUCUGUGACUGGGGAGAAAAAUUCUCUGAAGAAUAACUUAAUGGAUGAGUUUAAUCCCCUGAAUACUGUUGUGAAUGGAAAGAUGGGCUACCCAAAUAGAUCAAAUAAGAUUUCAAGGAGGAUUCUUUUAUUCAAUUGCAUGGAAGCGAGAGAUCCUGAACUUUUGCUUCCGCAACUUUUCAAGAUUUGUGCUGGAAAAGGUAUCCAUUUUUCAAAGGCUCUUUUUGUUCCUAGCAUGUCAAUAUAUUAUAAAGUUGAUCCUGGGUUAUCAGAUAGAACACUUGAAACUUGUAUGGAUACAUCGUGGCAAUCUACUCUGCAAAGGACAUGGGAAAAGAUGAUCCAUGGAAGAGAUAAUAUCCCUGAGAAUGACUCCAAGUUACAGAAACCAGAUAAUUUACCGUCUUAUGAUUUCUUGCAUGGGAGUUCAGAAAAUUGCAAUCCUCCGGGAAACAAUGUUACAUGUAGUGCAGUCAUUCCAUCAUUGCCUCUGACAAUAAAAUGGUUAAGAGAUUGUCUCAAGGAAAACCCUUCUUUCCGGCUUCAGGUUCUUGUGACUGGUUCCUUGCAUCUGGUUGGGGAUGUUUUGAAACUUAUACGCAGAUGAUGAGUAAUGAUUUAAAGAUUACAUUUUAAUUCUAUAUCUUGAAUUUUCUUUCAGUGACAUUAUUCUAAACCAUUGAUUUUUCUGCCAUGAUAUGAUAUACAUGGUGGCACUGUGGCAGUGUCAUGCCAUAAAACUGUAUGUUUGACAUGUACAUUGUGUUCCAUUGUUUGGGAAUGCAACAGUUAUUUUCCA